UGGUACUAGAAGUCUGUUCUGAAUUUUUUACAAUUUGGGGUUAGAGGAAUUCACUGAUAAUUAAAAAUCGCCGGCACUAAUAAUUGUUAAUACAGGAUAUUUACUCCAUGGAGUUACAUAAAUAUAUUUAUUUGUAAUUUAUAUGUUUUUUUUGUAGUAUUUGAUAGUAACUAAUUGCGCAUUACUUGUGCUUAACUUUGUGGUACUAUCUACGAAUUGUUUCGACCGUUUUACAGACGUAAAGAUAUACAUUAUCAAGAAAAAUGGUAGUCAGGCAAUAUAAAGAAGAAUUGAAUUAUAUAGAGCAAAUAAAUGAUACAUGUUGGAGGAUCAAGAAAGGUUUCCAACCUAAUAUGAAUGUUGAAGGUGUAUUUUAUGUAAAUAACACAUUGCAACGUUUAAUGUUUGAUGAAUUACGCAAUUCAUGUAGGCCAGGUGCUGUAGGAGGUUUCUUACCAGGAAUGAAACAAAUUGCUAAUGUGGCUGCACUUCCCGGAAUUGUAUGGAGGUCUAUUGGAUUGCCAGAUGUUCAUUCUGGAUAUGGUUUUGCCAUUGGUAAUAUGGCAGCAUUUGAUAUGAAUGACCCAAAAUCAGUGGUAUCACCUGGUGGAGUAGGAUUUGAUAUCAAUUGUGGCGUACGUUUAUUAAGAACCAAUCUGUUCGAGCAAGAUGUGUUGCCAGUGAAGGAGCAACUUGCACAAAGCAUGUUUGAUCAUAUUCCUGUGGGUGUUGGCUCGAAAGGAAUUAUACCAAUGAAUGCACGUGAUUUAGAGGAAGCUUUGGAAAUGGGCAUGGAUUGGUCACUUAGAGAAGGCUACAUCUGGGCUGAAGAUAAAGAACACUGUGAGGAAUAUGGAAGAAUGCUUAAUGCAGAUUCCUCAAAGGUAUCAAUGAGGGCGAAAAAACGAGGACUUCCACAGUUGGGAACUUUGGGAGCAGGAAAUCAUUAUGCUGAGAUUCAAGUUGUAGAUGAAAUCUAUGAUAAAUGGGCAGCAUGUAAAAUGGGAAUUGAAGAAAAAGGCCAAAUCUGUGUUAUGAUUCAUUCUGGUAGCAGAGGAUUUGGUCACCAAGUCGCAACUGAUGCACUUGUUCAAAUGGAGAAAGCUAUGAAGAGAGAUAGCAUUGAUACUAAUGAUAGACAGUUAGCUUGUGCUCGCAUUAAGUCUCAAGAGGGUCAAGAUUACUUAAAAGCUAUGGCAGCAGCUGCCAACUUUGCUUGGGUUAACAGAAGUUCCAUGACAUUCCUUAGUCGUCAAGCUUUUGCGAAACAGUUCAAAAUGUCUCCUGAUGAUUUAGAUAUGCAUGUUAUAUAUGAUGUUUCUCAUAAUAUUGCUAAGGUGGAGGAACACAUGGUUGAGGGUAAACCAAAGACACUUCUAGUCCACAGAAAGGGAUCCACGAGAGCGUUCCCACCUCAUCAUCCUUUGAUUCCGGUGGACUAUCAGCUUACAGGUCAGCCAGUUUUAAUUGGUGGUACCAUGGGAACAUGUAGUUAUGUUCUUACUGGCACUGAACAGGGUAUGAAGGAGACAUUUGGAUCGACUUGUCAUGGAGCAGGCCGAGCUCUGUCUAGAGCCAAAUCACGGAGGAACUUAGAUUAUACAGUAGUGUUACGAAAAUUAGAACAGCAAGGAAUAUCCAUAAGAGUUGCUUCGCCAAAACUGGUGAUGGAAGAAGCACCGGAAUCCUACAAAAAUGUAACGGAUGUUGUAAAUACAUGUCAUGCCGCAGGCAUAUCUCGGAAAUGCAUAAAAUUAAGACCAAUUGCAGUUAUAAAAGGAUAAUGUUUUCCCACACCGAACGAAUGUUUUGAAUUGUUAAUUAUGAUUCAGUUGUUUGGAAUGCCAGCCAAAUUAUUAUUUAAUUCCAGCAUGAAGAGAAUUAUCUAAUAAUAUAAUUGAAAAUUUUUAAUAACAUUAAAUGUAUUCUACUUUUUGUAAAUUAUGUAAAUGUAACGAGUAAUUUAUAAUAAAAUC